AUGUAUUUUGCUUCUUUGUAUUUGCUGCUCAUUGCAUGUACCUGGCCUCUCCCAGAAGUUCACCAUGAAGAAGAGGAAAAGCCAAGACCAAAACUAACUGCUCCCAAAAUCCCAGAAGGAGAGAAAGUUGACUUUGACGACAUCCAGAAGAAGCGCCAGAACAAAGAUCUGAAUGAGCUGCAAGCCCUGAUUGAUCUUCACUUUGAGAACAGGAAGAAGGAGGAAGAGGAACUGAUUGCUCUGAAGGAGCGGAUUGAAAAACGAAGAGCAGAAAGAGCUGAACAACAAAGGAUCCGCGCUGAGAAAGAGAAGGAGCGUCAGGCUAAGCAGGCAGAAGAAAAAGCAAGAAGGGAGGAGGAUGAUGCUAGGAGAAGGGCUGAUGAUGAUGCCAAGAAGAAGAAGGCUCUGACCAGCAUGGGUGCUCAAUACAGCAGCUACCUUGCCAGGGCUGACCAGAAGAGAGGUAAGAAGCAGACUGAGAGGGAAAAGAAGAAGAAAAUCCUAGCAGAGAGACGCAAGCCACUCAACAUUGACCAUCUUAAUGAAGAGAAGCUUAGGGAAAAAGCAAAGGAGCUCCAUGAUUGGCUGUGCCAGCUAGAAUCUGAAAAAUUUGAUUUGGGUGAAAAACUGAAGAGGCAGAAGUAUGAGAUCACUACAGCCAGAAAUCGCAUUGAUGAACUUCAAAAACACAGCAAGAAGGGUGCUGGAAAGGGCAAGGUUGGUGGCCGCUGGAAGUAAGCGGUUGAAGAGGUGCCUUCUGUUGCAGCAUGACCCGAUUGCAUUGCCUCAACCUUGGAUUCUUGCUAGACGUAUCUCAAGUGGCAAAACAUUCUGCAGCACUAUUAGGUCCAAGGCUUUGAAACAAUCACCGAGUUAUCUUACUCUCUGUUGCACAUUGGAUCUAUGACAAUUAUCCCUUUAUUUACUGUGUU